AUGAGCCCUACCACAAUCUUAGUCACCGGUGCUGGUCGCGGCAUUGGCUCCGGACUGGUCGCUAGUCUCUUGCUGAGACCAUCUUCAACAGUGAUAGCUGCAGUCCGAGAUCCUCCAAAAGGGCCUGCUCAAGCUCUACUCGACCUACCAAAGGGCGAAGGUUCCAAAAUCAUCGUCGUCAAGAUCGACUCUUCCGCCGAAACCGACCCCGCGGAAGCCGUUUCUACACUACAGCGGGAUCAUAGCAUCGACGCUUUAGACGUCGUUAUCGCGAAUGCCGGUAUUGCCCAUUCGAGUGGCCCUGUCAUCAAGACUUCGACUACUGCAAUCAGAGAUCACUUUGCUGUCAACACGAUUGGACCCCUCUUGUUGUUCCAGGCGACAGCCCCGCUACUCAAAGCUAGCAAGACUGGUCGUCCGGUCUUCGUCGCCAGUUUACCGCCGGCAUUGAGCCCUUACGGAGCCAGCAAAGCUGCGUUGAACUGGUUCAUUCGGAGACUGCAUUUCGAGGAGACGUGGCUCACGAGCUUCGUCUUGCAUCCCGGUACUGUCGCCACAGACAUGGUGAAUUCCGUAAUCGAGGGGACCGACUUGAAGCUUGAAGAUCUCGGAGCUAUAACUGUGGAGCAAAGCGUUUCAAACAUUGUGCAGAGGGUUGAUACCGCGUCGAGGGAUGUGAGCGGAACUUUUCAGAAUCAUGAUGGAACUCAUUUGCCGUGGUAA